UGACGCAACGAAUAUAGUCAGUCUUCUUCUUCAGAAAGGUAUUGAUGUCUUUUCUCGAGAUUUCUGUGGAUGGACUGCAGAUGAAUAUGCUCUUCUUAAUGGUUUUAUUAUCAGUCGCAAAAUGAUUUCUGAGUAUAGAAAGAAAAAGCUACCUGUGAGUUCCUCUCAAAAUAAUAAUCCAGGAGAGGAAGAGCAUUCUGAAGAAGACUCUUUGAGCAGGCUUUCUAUCAAACCUGGCAUUGAUGAUUCAUGGCCUACACCAGAUGAAAAAGACUUCGAUUUUGAUCACAAGACUCUCCCCAAACCAAGCUUAACAAAGCUAAUGACUGCUCCUCAGCAAUUCAGGAAAAACAUAGAAGAAAAUCGUAGCAUUGUGAGACCAGAAAAUAGAACCUUGUUGGAGGACAGUAGUUCUGAUAGUGCACGUGAAGAAGAUGUGGUUGAAACUCUCCAAAAGUUGCCAGUCAGAGUCCAGGGCCUCCCUCAUGCUGCCUUUCCAUCACCUGACCCUCUUCUAAAACCUCCCCUUGUGUCUUCAGCAGUCCCUGGUGCUACAAAGGAAGGAACAACAAAGUCAGCAAUUAUAGAAAAAGAAGCUGGUAUUGGUGUUACUGAAAUUGCUCCAAGAGAACAAACGAAUAGUGGCAAUAUGACUUCAGUUGUUGGAACACACAAAAAUGAUAAAAGUGAUAUGAUGCCAGCUUUAGGAUUGAGUGAAAAGGAAGAUAUAGAAUCACCUUCAGAUUCUGAGAGCAUCUCUGAGAGUCUUCCACAGAAGUAUGUUGCUCAUUUAUCUGAAGUCACAGAUCAGAAAGGAAAAAAUAUAUUAAAUGGACAAAUAGAAGAUUCUCCUGAGAAAUAUCCUCAUGUGAAGCCCAUGCAGCCUAUCAUUGAAAUGAAAGAUUCUGCCCCUAAUAAAGCAGUGAGAAUCAAGGAUGUACAAACAUCCGAAUCAGAUUUUUCAGAUUGGGAUUCUACUAGUUUGACCCUCAAUAGUGAGCACUGCAAAACAUCUGGGGAUUUGAAAGUUGAUGAUAAAUGUCUAUUUGUAUCACAAUCGAUCACCAAAAAUCAGUCAGCAUCCACAGAAUUUGGACAGAUGACCUUAAUAGAUAAAGAGAAGUUUAGUACUGGAACUGUAUUUCUAUUAGAGAAUUAUUCUCUCCAUGACCCAUGUGAAUCACAGCUAUCAGAAAAGAAAGAGAGCAAAGAAGAUUUGUCAGCAGAACUAGACUUAAAAAUGAAAUCAGAGGAAGAACAAGAGAGGCUUGGUGGAAGUGAAAACAACCAACCACAGGUUGAAGAAGAAAGGAAGAAGCACAAAAGAAGUGAAAUGGAAGUCUCAGAAAACUUGUUUGCUGCUGCUGCUGAGGAUGAUGAGGAUGGAUUCAUUCAACAAAGAAAGAGUGAAAAAACUGAUAGUCAGCAAUUUCCUAUUAAGGAUAAUGAUUCUAAUAGUAGCAGUCCUGCCUUGCAUAUGAAGGAAAUAAAGAGAAAUGAAAAUGAAAAAUGGACCUCAAAGGAACCUGUGAUUACACCAAGGUUUGAGAAGACAGAUUCACUGACUGGCAUUCUACUGCAAGUGAAUAAUGACAGCAGUUUAAGUGAAAUAGAUCAGGAGGAAGAAAGGACUGCAAAGAAAACAUCUGAUGAAAAGAACAAGGUCAAAAAGCAAAUGAAUUCUGUGGAUGAUCUUGAUGACUUAACUCAGGCAUCUGAAACGGCUUCAGAGGAUUGUGACUUGCUUAGCCCUAAUUGUAAGAAUUCUGUGUUGCUAAUUGAACAACUUGGAAUGGUUUGUAAAGAUUCUGUUAGCCUAUUGAAAAUCCAGGAUGCAAUUCUUUCAUAUGAAACAGUAAUAGAACUUAAAAAAAAUCGUUGUGAACUACUUACAGAAAAAAUUAAAACAACAGAAAAUAAAGUUAGUGGUCUACAAAAGGAGCUAUCAGAAACCAAAGAAAUGAAAUCACAGUUAGAGCAUCAAAAAGUGGAAUGGGAACUAGAACUUCGCAGUUUGAGAUUUACCUUAAAACAGGAACAAGCGAACAGAAGAAAUGCUGAUAUGUUGUAUGACAAAAUUAGAGAACAAUUAAGAAGAAAAGAAGAGCAGUAUAGUAAAGAAGUUGAAAUGAAACAACAACUUGAAUUCACUCUUCAAACACUAGAUAUAGAGUUGAGGACUGUAAGAAAUAAUUUGAAUCAGGUUGUAGAAGAGCGAAAUGAUACCCAGAGGCAACUUUUGCUAGAACGGAAUGCCAGAAUAUUACAAGAAGGAAUUCAAAAGGACAAAGAAAUGGCUCAAAAGAAAGUGAGUGGGAAUUCUGAGGUUUCUGAUAGUCAUGAGAAAGGAGAAGAUCUUUUGCAUAAAAAUCGUAUGUUGCAGGAUGAAAUUGCCAUGCUAAGAUUGGAAAUAGACACAAUGAAAAUUCACAACCAGGAAAAAGAAAAGAAAUAUUCCGAGGACAUGAAAAUUGUAAAAGAAAAAAAUGAUGACCUUCAAAAGACAUUAAAACUGAAUGAGGAAACAUUAACAAAAACAAUAUUUCAGUAUGAUGAACAGAUUAAUGUUCUAACAUCACAAAAUGCAAUGCUAAACUCUAAAUUAGAGAGUGAAAAACAAAGCAAGGAAAGACUGGAAACAGAAGUUGAAUCAUACCGUUCUAGACUGGCUGCUGCAAUAAACGACCAUGAUCAAAGUGAGAUAUCAAAAAGAGAGCUGGAACUCACUUUCCAGAGAGCAAAAGAUGAGUGGUUUCAUUUACAGGACAAAAUGAAUUUUUAUGUGUCUGACCUAAAAGACAACAAUGAGAUUCUUUCUCAAAAGCUUUCUAAAGCUGAAAGUAAAUUCGAUAGCCUAGAAAUCAAGUUCCAUCACACAAGAGAUGCUUUGAGAGAAAAGAUUUUGAUUUUAGAACAUGUACAAAGAGAUCUAAGCCAAACACAGUGCCAGAUGAAGGAAGUUGAACACAGGUAUCAAAGUGAACAAGGUAAAGUGAGUAAAUACAUUGGAAAACAAGAAUCCUUAGAGGAAAGGUUAUCCCAACUGCAAAGUGAAAAUAUGUUACUUCGACAACAAGUGGAUGAUGCUCACAACAAAGCUGACAUUAAAGAAAAGACAGUGAUUAAAAUGCAUGACCAAUUUCAGGAUAUUAUGAAAAAACUUGAAGCUGAAAGUGAAAAACAAAGCCUUCUUCUAGAAGAGAGAAAUAAGGAAUUAAUCAGUGAAUGUAAUCAUUUAAAAGAACGAAUACAUCAGUAUGAAAAUGAGAAAGUAGGAAGAGAAGUAGUUGUGAGACAACUUCAGCAGGAACUGGCUGAUACCCUAAAAAAACAAUCUAUGUCAGAAGCUUCACUGGAGGUUACAUCACGUUAUCGCAUUAAUUUAGAAGAUGAGACACAGGAUUUAAAAAAGAAAUUAAGUCAAAUCAGAUGUCAGUUGCAAGAAGCACAGGCUCAACGUACAGAGGCAGUACAAUGUGCUGAGAGGACACAAGAUCACAUGCAAAAGCUUGAAAUUGAAAAUACCAGGUUAAAAGUUACAAUCAAAAAGCAAAUGAGCAAAAUUGAACAGCUUCAGAAAAACCUGUUGGGUACAAAUUUGUCUAAGGAAGAAAAAGAACAAUUAAAGAAACUUACUGAAUUGAAACAAUCUCUGGAAUAUCGUUUGGAUAAAGAAAUGAAGAAAAAUGGUGAAUUAGAAAAAGAGAUUAUUGGAUUUAAGAAACUCUUAAAGAUGACAAGAAAGGAGUUAAAUAAAUAUGAAAAUGGAGAACUCAGUUUACGUGGAGAUUUAAAACCCAAGCAAAUUGAAAUGGAUAGUCAGAUUACUAUGCUAAAACUUCAGAUUGAUGAUCUUACAGCAAAACUUGAAACUUCAUCUUCAAAAUGCCUACAUCUGGAUGCAAAAAAUCAUGAUCUUCAACAGGAGCUAUUGUCUAUGAGAGCAAUACAAAAGAAAUGUGAAAAACUGGAGAUGAAUGAAAAGAAGUUGGAACAAGUAGUAGUAAACCUCAGAAGUCAUGUAGAAAUGAAUAUGCUAGAACUUGGUCAAGUAGAACAAUAUAAACGGGAGAUUGAAGAAAGAGCCAGACAGGAAAUAGUAGAAAAAUUGAAAGAAGUCAAUCUAUUUUUACAGAUGCAAGCAGCAUCUCAAGAAAAGUUAGAGCAGUUAAGGGAGAAUAAUACCACUUCAAUGAGACAGCAGAUGGAACUCAGAAUAAAAGAUUUAGAAUCCAAACUUUCCAAAGUGAAAAUUUCCCGAGAAGAUUCUAAUAAAUCAGAGCUGGAAAGAUACAAGCACCUGUAUCUAGAAGAACUAAAUGUUACAACAUUAUUGUCAAAGAAACUAAACGAGACUAAGGAGCAGCUAGCAGAGAACACCACCAAAUUACUCAUGGAGAAACUACAGAACAGAUACUUAGUCAGCCCUCUUACCAUGAUGCCGGUCCUGGAGCCAUCAUGUGCUGGAAAUCUGAAUAAUUAUUCAGUGCUCAAUAGAAAUCUUAUUCCAAGAGAAAAUGUAGUAAUUCCUUCCUCAAUCCCACGGCCUUCAAGUAACAGCAUGGAGACCUUCUUCACCAAGAUUGAUGAUCUUACAGCAAAACUUGAAACUUCAUCUUCAAAAUGCCUACAUCUGGAUGCAAAAAAUCAAGAUCUUCAACAGGAGCUAUUGUCUAUGAGAGCAAUACAAAAGAAAUGUGAAAAACUGGAGAUGAAUGAAAAGAAGUUGGAACAAGUAGUAGUAAACCUCAGAAGCCAUGUAGAAAUGAAUAUGCUAGAACUUGGUCAAGUAGAACAAUAUAAACGGGAGAUUGAAGAAAGAGCCAGACAGGAAAUAGUAGAAAAAUUGAAAGAAGUCAAUCUAUUUUUACAGAUGCAAGCAGAAUCUCAAGAAAAGUUAGAGCAGUUAAGGGAGAAUAAUACCACUUCAAUGAGACAGCAGAUGGAACUCAGAAUAAAAGAUUUAGAAUCCAAACUUUCCAAAGUGAAAAUUUCCCGAGAAGAUUCUAAUAAAUCAGAGCUGGAAAGAUACAAGCACCUGUAUCUAGAAGAACUAAAUGUUACAACAUUAUUGUCAAAGAAACUAAACGAGACUAAGGAGCAGCUAGCAGAGAACACCACCAAAUUACUCAUGGAGAAACUACAGAACAGAUACUUAGUCAGCCUUCUUACCAUGAUGCCGGUCCUGGAGCCAUCAUGUGCUGGAAAUCUGAAUAAUUAUUCAGUGCUCAAUAGAAAUCUUAUUCCAAGAGAAAAUGUAGUAAUUCCUUCCUCAAUCCCACGGCCUUCAAGUAACAGCAUGGAGACCUUCUUCACCAAGCUGCAGCAGGAGUUGGAAAGAAAUAUAACUAGAGAAAUACGAAAGCUACUGCUGACUUGAAUCUGGAUCCUAUAGAGUUUCUCUAGGAUCUACUGAUGAGUCAAAUUGAAAUCAAGAUCUAGUUUUAAAAACAACACAAGAAUAUGUAGAGAUUUUAAAGAAAAAGUAUAUGAUCUGAAAGAUACAUAAUAAGAAUUCAUUUACUAGGUUGUUUACAUAAUAUUCUAAUGGUUUCCUGUUGUACGAUAUGUGAAAAUAUUAAAGGAAAUUAUUUUUUGUAUCAUAUAUGUAUGAUAAAAAUUUACAUAAAUUACUUCAAACUGUUUCUCAGCAUCUGAAACUUUUAAAUGGAUUUUGCAAAUGAAAACCAGCAUUAUUGAGUUUUACAUAGCCAAAAUUCCAGCUGUUUAAACAAGUUAUCAUUAAUACUUCAGUAGAUGUAUUUAUUUGUAAGAUAAAUACAUGUAAGAUGUAUUCAUUUGUAAGAUGUAUUUUAAGAUUCAUUUGUAAGAUGUAUUUGUAAGAUGUAGUUGUAAGAUUCAUUUGUAAGAUGUAUUUGUAAGAUUCAUUUAUAAGAUGUAUUUGUAAAAUUCAUUUGUAAGAUGUAUUUAUUUGUAAGAUGUAUUUAUUUGUAAGUUAUCACUAUAUAACUAUAAAGAUUUAGGUAGCCAUCAUUUUGAUAUAUUACUGCUAUGUCAGUUGUCAGUGUUUAGAGCUAUUAAAAUUGUA